UACCUAGGUAGGGCAAUCAACAUCACAUGACUUGUAACCUCCAACCAACCCAACCCCUUAAAAACAUGCCCCACAAAUUUCUGAGCUGUCCAUUCUGCAUGAACGGAGUGGGUGGUGUUGCAGCUGUUGGCCUUUAGCCUGAAAUUAACCCCUGUCUCCAAAAUCCUGCAUGAUUGGGGUGCCGGACCGUUUCUCCCAGGUCUGGCCAAGGUUGGCCGGUGGGGUUUUAGAUAACAAUCAACUUCAGAUGAUGUUAUGCUUCAGUGUGUAACACUCUUGACUAGCGGUUUCUCUCUGUUAGAGGACGGAGUGGAGAGCUUGGCCAUUAAUUGAGAAACAUUAUAAGAUAGCAAUGACGGAAUGAUAGAGCUAUGACGAAGUACUGUACAUGUACUAUACAUGCACCUUGAUGUACCGUGCACGUUUGCGUCUAAGACCUACUAUUACAUCGGCUUCUACAGUGCACUCACAUCUUCCACCAACAUAAUGCAACCACUCAUGCAAUUAGAACAAUGAUGAAUACCUUUGGGCAUAUCACACAAUCUUCAAGGGGUUGAGACUAGUUUGCCCAGCAGCGCCUUUUCAGCAUGAACCAGACAGGCGGAACCUUGUCGUCAAUUCAGAGGCCGAGAAAAUCAUGCAAUGUUCGGUACCUUGUACGUGUGUGCCGGACAGGACAGGAUGCCGAGCAAUAGUCCGAAUCCAAGUGCUAGUAUCUCCCAAACCAUGCGUCCAGCACGAGCCAAAGGUUGAGCGGGGUAGCUAGUGGCAAGUCGGGAGACCCAGCUCGGUGCGUGGGACUUCCCACUCGUGUGCAGAAUCAGCCCCUAUAAGCAUCCAGACACCAGGUCCAUUGUCCGUUUUUUUCGCCCUCGUUUGUCCUUCUUUCCACUUCGAACGACAUACACACCCGUCCGUCAUUGUUAAAUUUAGACGUUUGAUACCCUACGGUUUGGCGAUCAUAUCGAACCAAAGCAUAUCUAAUCGACACUGAUCGCCCAUGUCAACAGCGUGUGAGAUGGAGUGUCUAGCAUACUAUUUCCAAAUCGCCUGAGUUCUUUCAAUCAGCCUCAACCCGACAGAAUCCUACCUUUUCACCUCUGCCAUAUAACUGAUACUCAAAUUAAUAACUUAUCCUCCUGAUAUUUUACUUAGUUUCAUUCGCUCCUUAUCUCUCCGUUUGCACUCCUGCGUCGAUUUCAUCUUAACUUACAAGCUUCAUUGAAUCGACUGCAUAUUUUGCCCGUGCUGAUGCCAUGACGCAAGUCGACUACUAUCAGCUUUGAUUCUAUGAUCAGAGGAAGCAGCUGCCAUGCGCGGGUAUCUCCCUCCCACCAAGCGAAGCGAUGAUGUGGGCCGCCCCGACGAUAACCCAGAUGCCUUGGUCCUCGAAGGUUGGGCACAGGGCUUCAUGGUGGGAACCCUGGUGUUUAUGGCUGCUAUCACGAUCGCAAACAUGCGCCGUAAAGCCCUUCUACAUAAAUUGAUCCUAGCUGAGUUAAUCCUCGGCAUGGCGCAUGGCACAUGGAUCUUUGCGCAUGAGCCGGUAUAUGGCUGGUACCUCUCCACUACUGCAAUUGGACUCAAUAUGUCGUGGAGUCUUCACAACGUUAUCUCCUGGAUGAAAAACAGGCCGUUCCUCAGCAAGAACGUCAGCAGAUUCUACAUCGGCACGGUCAUCCUUGUACAACCGUACUGGAUCCUCGAAAUAUACGCCAACUUCACGUAUUUCAACCGCAUUAAUGACUUAUUCCUGAAAACCAGACCCUUUGAAACUCUCUUCCGUGAUCCCUGGUGGAUAUAUACUACAUGCAAUCUCUUCUAUGUCAUAAAGUCUGAGUAUUCGUUUACCUACGUCGAGCUCGUUCGUAACAGCCCUCGUUUUGGCGUAAUGCUAGCGGCUAUGUGUCUCUCAAUCGUAUUUCUUAUUGUCGACCUUCUCUCCGUCCUUCACGUUUUUGAAGGAUCCUUGCCCACGGGUGUUAAUCCGUUUUGGAAGUUGUCCUUUGUCUUUAAAUGUCUCUGCGAUACCGUUAUUCUCGAUGAUUUCAAAACUGCCCUCGACCGCCUUCGUGACUACUGGUUGCUCAAAAACGGCACGGCAGAUCAACUCAGUUAUGCUCAAGAUCGGCAAACUCCGCGAACUCCUCGAACUCCACGAACUCCGCGAUCGCGGUCUCCACUGCGAAGACAUGAUUUCAGCCGCGGCCCUGGUACUAUCAAGAAGCCUGAUGCCAUAGCAAGCAGGGAAGGCAGUUUCAGUUAUCCAUUACAACAUAGUAGGAAUUUUAGCCAUCCGACUAGAGACAAGAAUCCUUUCCAAGAAGAAGCGUGACGGGGGGUUUUAAUUAUGAGAAUCUUUCCUUUCAAAAUUAUUUAUUAUAUUCUUUGUUAAUAGUUUCCACUUGUCUAGUGAUUUUCAUUUAUGUUUUUAUUUUUUUAUUUUUUUAUAUGAUGGUUUAAAAUACCCAGUUUUACUUCUUCAUUUUCGUCAUAUGUACUCUGUACUGUACUGUACGAUCCCAGCCCUACCGGUCCAAGAUGCCUGCCAGGACCAGUUAUAGGCUAGGGAUUAUUAUUAUAUUUCAAAGAAGGGAAAAAGCAUGCAUAAAAGUCUGUUGUGAAUUUUGCACCUGUAUCAAUAGGUUCACGUCUACAGAUUUGUACUAUAAGGAGGAAUGUCAGCCGCUACUAUUCAAGCAUUUUUCUUACAGUUCCCUUGCCGCAAAAUAAUGGCUCCAGGCUUGUAAUGUAAUGUACUGCACGUACCAUUUCCAGCCCUCAACCAAGACACCAGUUGCAUAACGAAGUAUAAUAUAAAUCGCAUAUAUUCGUAAG